UAUUAUACUGUAUGUAUUUAUUCCUCCUGCUAGCUCUUUGUUAUUGAUUAGUUUUAUUGGUUUAAUUUAUCUUUGGCGCACACCAGAAGAGAAUGAAGCAAUCCGUAUAUUUAAUCAAGAAGUGUUGAUCCCGCGUAUGGAAGCUUAUAAACAAAAAUGGGAAGAAGAAAUUACUGCUCGCGCUGCUGCUGCUGAUAUCCAUCAAUGUACCGAUGCUGAUGUGAUCGAAGGAUAUCUUCUCAAGUACUCCCGUGGCGACUCAACUCCAAAGCCUGAAGAAGAGGAAGUAGCAUCAUUCCCCUUUUCUCCUGACAACAUUUAUAUCCCCAGUCAGCUGGGUAUGGCUGUAAUGUCAAACGCUAAAGAUGGUCGAUAUGUAGAGUUGGCUUUCGAGAUAAACAAGGAACAUAGUCUGAACAACAUAUUUAAAGAAAGCAAGGAUCUAAUUACAGAUCCUGUUUUUUCAAUUGAUGAUGAUAUUACAUUUUCUUGCUCUUCCGUUGAAUUUGCUUUUAGUGUUUGGCAAAGUGCACCAGCUACUAUGAUGGGAUGUGUACCUCGAAUCCAUCUGAUUAAUCGAUCGGCAUGUCUUUGGUAUAUAUCAUUCUUUAUCAUAUUUGCAGAAAGUGAACACAAUUCCUAUAUAUAUGGUGGAUGGUGGACUGGUACAUACAGUAUGAUUCUCUCAAGGCAUCCUUGCGUAUGUAGACUAACGAAAUGCUCGCAUCACUCCUGGAAUAUGAAUUGUGAGGACAUUGCAAUGUCGUUUUUGGUUGCUAAUGCAACAGGUGCUUCUCCUAUAUGGGCAAAAGCCAAGAUCUAUGAAAUCAGGUCGACUGGGAUCAGUAGUCUGGAAGGUGAUAGCAGUAAAAGGACAGAAUGUGUGAAUAGAUUAGUAUCUGAGUUGGGCAGGAUGCCGUUGGUCAAUGUGAAGGCCGUGGAUAGUCGUGGCACGUGGUUCUGGUGAUUCUUUCUAACUUUCACAGUUUGUAUUAUUUGCCCAUUUUAACGCUACCACGUAAUCCCCUCUUUACAUCAAAUGCAUAUCAUUGUAGAACAAGACCAUGUGGCUUAUUUGUUGUAUCAAUACAGUUCCUGUUACGUUUCCAGAUUAUACAAAACGAAUGCUCAUUCCUUUUCAAGUUUAUAUUCAUCUGAUAGAGGCAGGGUGCGUUGUACAUGGGUUUUCUGUUAUACUUUUUAAUUGAUUGCUGUAUAUGUAACAAAGAUAGAGAAGAAUACAUAUCCAUUUAAUAGUUA